AAUUUGCUCUUAAUUACCCUCCAUAGAUCUUGAUUAACACUAAUUUGCUCUUAAUUAGCACUAAUUAACUCUGAUCUCUCUUAACUAGCCCUAAAUGCUCUUAAUUAACCCUAAUUAACCUUAAUAAGCUCUUAAUUAGCCUUAAUUCCCUCUUAAUUAGCCCUAACUAACCCUAAUGAGCUCUUAAUAAGCCCUAAUCCGCUCUUAAUUAGCGCCCAUUAGCACUGAUUUGCUCAUAAUUAGCCUUAAUUAACCCUAGUUCGCUCUUAACGCUAAUCAGAUCUUAAUUAGCCCUAACUCGCUCUUAAUUAACCCUGAUGUGCUCUUAAUUAAGCCUAAUUAACCUCCUGAUCCCUCUCACGGGACCCCCCCGACCUCUAAUUAACCUUUAAUUAAUUCUUAAUUAACUCUCCAAUCCACACCGGGAUGGCCACAACCGCUAAUUAACACCUAAUUAAUCCUUAAUUAACCCCCUGGCCCGCCUCUGACCCCUCAUUAACCCCUCAUUAACCCCUAAUUAGUCCCUAAUUAAACCUCCCCCCCUCGGGGAAACCCCCUGGGAGUGCCCCUCAUUAACUCCCCCGCUUAAUUAACUUGCUAAUUAACUGAUUAAUUAAUUAAUUACCGCCUCCAUGCCCAGAGGGUUCCAGCAGAUCCAAGAGGAGGAGGAGGAGGACGAGGGGGGUCCCGCGGCGGCCCCGGGGGGGUCCCCGGCGGCGGCGCUGACCCCGGCGCUGGCGCUGAGCGUGGCGGCCGCGGCGCUCGGCUCGCUCGCCUUCGGCUUCAACAUCGGCGUCAUCAACGGGUGGGGCUUGUCUCUUGGGGGGCGUGGCCUCCUGGCAGAGGGGCGUGUCCUGGCCGCCGGGGGGCGUGGCCUGUCUCUCUGGGGGGCGUGUCCCGCCCCGGCUGACCCCGCCCCCGCAGGGCUGGUGUCGGUGCUGGUGCCGCUCUACGUGGGCGAGGUGGCGCCGCUGCGCCUGCGGGGGGCGCUGGGGACCCUCCACCAGCUCGGCAUCGUCCUCGGCAUCCUGCUGGCGCAGGUGGGCGGGGCCCGAGGGGUGGGCGGGGCCUCCGUGGGCGGGGCUUGGUGGGGAGGGGUCUUUGGGGGCCUCUCGCGAUUGGCCGGCCCGGCGGCGGAGGCGGGGCUGGCGGCGCUGGAGGCGGAGCUUGGCCGAGGCCCCGCCCCCAGGGUGGGGCUGCUGGAGCUGUGCCGCAGCCGGCGCUACCGGCAGCCGCUGAUCGUCACGCUGGGGCUGCAGCUGGCGCAGCAGCUCUCGGGGAUCAACGCGAUCUUCUACUAUUCGACGUCCAUCUUCGAGGGGGCGGGGCUUCAGGACCCGGCCGUCGGCACCAUCGGGACGGGCGUGGUCAACGUGGCGGCCACCGCCCUGUCGGUGGUGCUGGUGGAGCGCGCGGGGCGGCGCGUGCUGCAGCUGGUGGGGCUGCUGGGCAUGAUGGGCUGCGCCGGGAGCCUGGCGCUGGCGCUGACG